AUGGCCGCGGCAACCUCCCCUCUCAUCACAUUCCUCGACCCGCCCUCUCUCGGGCCCCCUCACCCGGUCUUCUGCUCACUCUCCGUCAUCCCGCUCAGCGACAGCGUCAACCAAGUCAACAUCUCCGGCCAGGUUGCCCAGACUCCCACUGGAGACGUUCCCGAAGGCCUCGGCCCGCAAAUGCACGUCAUCCUCUCCCGCAUCACCACGUGUCUGGAAGCGGUGGGCGCCACGGUGCACGACAUCUCCGUCUUCAAGUAUUACUUCACCGAGAAGGCGCGGGAUCGCGAGGAUUUCCUCCCCUUCAUUACCGACAUCAUGCUGCCCUGGCUGCAGGGCUCUCGACCCGCCAGCUCUGCGCUGAUCGUAAAGGCAUUGUCUCAGCCCGAGUUCUUGUGUGAGUUCGAAGCUCAGGUCGUUGUCCGGGCGAAGGCAGCCGGAAGUGCAAGCUGA